AUGGAUGCUUCGAGCAGGCAGAUCGAUGAAGGAAUAAUAUUCAUGGAAGGUUGGCUGUAUCUCAUACGCUCCAAUACUAUCGGAUUCAAAUAUUCACGCAAGCUUUACUACGUUCUUCAGAAUCACCAUUUCAUGAGCUUCAAAUCUAUCCCUCAUUUUUGUAAUCAGGGUCCUUUUCUUGGUUGCAGUUAUUCUUUAUUGAUUCACAAUAAAUGCCCCCUCCCUCAAAAAGGCUUUAUGAGAGCUUGUGUUAAAUGUGGAGGGUAUGUGAUCUCUCCUGUGAAUCAGUAUAAACAAUCAGUUGUAAGACACAUGCUUUCCAUUGAUUGGAAAUUCUGGAGAUCUUAUCUACAAAAAUCAUCAGGUCAAUGCAUUACAAUUCACAUGCUUGCGAGACUUGCAGCAUUGAGAGAGCUUCUUAAAACAAACUUAUCCGAUUACUUAUUCACCGAGUUCACUUCACAAGAAUUGAAGAAAGAAAGUUUGAUGCAGCAUCAUAAUGAAGCUUCAAAUGACUCGGACAUUGUAAAAAUGGAUGAUCAUUAUUCAGAUGAAUUUUUUGAUUUUGAUGAUGAAUCGGAAUGCGACUACAUAAUCACUCUUCCAGAAGAUCAAACUGGUAAUUUGGCCCACAGUUGGUCAUCACCAGAACCUUCUUUAUUUCCAAUCCGUGGAGAAUCUUUUCUAGAAGACCGUAAAAAGAUUACAGCAGAAAGUACAUUGCUAAAAACAGUUGCUGUUGACUGGCUUAAAUCAGACAAGCGUGAAAAUCAUCUUGCUAUUCGCCCUGGGAACAUUGUUCAGAAAUAUGCAGCUGCUGGUCGCCCAGAAUUCUUCAUUGUUAUUAACUUUCAGGUCCCAGGUUCAUUACAUUAUAAUCUUGCUUCCUACUUUAUGGCAAGUAGCCCUAUCAAGGAUACACCCUUGCUUGAGAAUUUUAUAAAAGGAGAUGAUGCAUUUAGGAAUUCAAGAUUUAAGAUCAUCCCUAAUGUAUCUAAGGGACCAUGGAUUCUGAGGCAUGCCAUUCGUAGACCCACUCUGGUUGGUCAGAUACUUAAAAUCAACUACAUCCAUGGCAACAACUACUUGGAGAUGGAUGUGGAUGUUGGUUCAUCAGCAUUGGCAAGGGGAUUAGCUAGCAAGACUUUCAGUUGCUUUAGUAAUUUGAUAAUUGAAAUAGCGUUUGUUAUACAGGCGAACACACGAGAUGAGCUUCCGGAACAUGUAGUGGGAGCAUUUCGUCUAAGUCAUCUUGAUAUGUGUAAAGCUUGUUGGGCCAACCAUACUAGCUACUAGCUAGUUCUUAAUAAUUCACACACCUACACACUACACACACAUGAUAACAAUUGUGUAUAUAAUAAAUUGCAAAUUCGAUGAUCUCGUGUAAAAAACUACACUUGACACUUGCUGUGUUUUGUACUUGUAAGAUUACAAAAAGAUAAUCGAAAUGAAAUUUGGAGAGAAAACGUGCAAGUGUACAUUACAUAAUUUAAUUUGUUUAUAUAUAUAGCUAUAGCUAUUAUAAUAUAGACUAUAUAUAGUUGGUUGGUUAGAGAUCAUUUUCGUAUGCCCAAAUAAGAUG